GUGAAACGAAAUAAACGCACUAGCUAAUAGUGACGUUACAGACCAGACUAGCUGCUUCACGUUGUUGUAGAAGCUAGCCACCACUGCGCCAACGAAGGAGCCGAUAGGAUCAGCGCUACGUACCAAAAACAUUCUACUUACUCUGAUGUCUUCACCGACCCAAGGACACGAUUCUGAGGCUGAAGAAGUGGAGUUUGUAUCAGAAGGCCCUCUUAGACCAGUGCUGGACUGUAUCGAUCUGCUGAGUGACACCGAUGACGAGGGAUGCUCAUCUCGGGCGGUCACGCUUGAGGACAGCGUCACCCGAAACAAAGCACGGGUCAUGUCCACGCUGGACAGGCUGGCACAUAAAGUGGCUCAAGAGAAAAAGGAAAGAGCAGACAAAUGUAAAGCAUUCAAGGAAAAACAAAUCAUGCAGAAAGCUCACGGACAGCGCGAGCUGGCUGUUAGUUCUCCAAACGGGCGGAAUCAGGAGGCAAAGCACUGUGUGGACAUGUGGUUAAAGAUGCCAGGCCUUAAACCUGGUGGGAUCGGUGCUGACUGGGGCCGAAGACAGUCAGCUGCCGAUUUCUCUAGAAACGCCUCAGCUCGACACACUUGUCCAGUGAUCAAUUGUGGCCGCGUUUAUGACAACAUUUCCCUCCUUGGUGGGCACUUAAAAAGGUUUGAUCACUCUCCCUGUGACCCAUCCAUCCAUCUCAGCGGGAGUCCGUCGGAGCUCUUUGCUUGCGUUGCCUGUGGUCGGCAUUUUCAGACCAAAGAAGAGUGGAAGAAACACGUUCAGUCUAAGGUGAACUCUGCUAACGCCAGUGGGCACAGCCUGGACCAGAACUAUCAGCAGAUUGUGUGUUUUGCGUGUCCUGAAUGCUUUCUCCUCUUCAACCUCCGAGAUGAGUGCCUUCAGCACAUGUCCGCCAAAAACCACUUCAGGGAGUCUCUUGCAAUGGAUGAAACCAGAGGAGCGGUGCAGCCAGUUCCCGUCCCAAAGCUCGUCAAGAAUCGUCUCAUCGCCUUGUGCAAAGAGUCGACCUUCACCGUCCGAUGCUCGUUAUGCCUCAAAGUGCUGAUUUCUCAUCAAGCAGCUCAGGCUCACUUUAAUGUGCAGUGCAGGCAUGGCUGUGCUGUAGCCAAAGCUGACACAACAAUAGUGGAAGUUAUGAAACAGCUGCAAGCUCGAGGACAGUGUUCCCUCUGCUCCAAAGUCUUCCUGAGCCAGGCUGAAAUCCAGAGUCACGAAGAAUCCACGCAGCACAACGUUGAUGUCAACCCGUCCAUGGCCGAAGCUCUCCUCCAGUUCAGCAGGAUUAGUGAAAUUCAGCAGAGCACGGCUGUAGCGCGGGAGAAAAGGCUGCUGCAGGGUCUUGAGACGUCUCUGCAAAGGAGAACCGAUGAUAGAGGUGAAAGCGACGGAUCUCCGGCUAAAAGACAGAGACUAGCUUCAGGUCUGAAUGCUAGCAGCAGCAGCAGGAGCUCGACGUCAGCGUGGUUUUGUGAGUGUGGUCAACAGUUCUCAGAAGAGGCCACAGCCUCGAAGCAUCUUCUGGCUGCGAACCAGAUUUUCCACCAGUGUGGCGUCUGCGACAAACACAUGGGAGAGUCUUCAGUUGCCCGUCUGCAUAUGAGUCGCUUUCACGGCGGAGCACACCUCUCCAACUUCCUGUUCUUCUGCCGAAAGUGUCGAGUGGAAAAGCCCCGAUUGAAAGAUAUUCUGUCCCACGUGUCGGAAGCCCACAGAGGACACACCUACCUCACAGAGAAAGAAGUGCCGCAUGAUUUUGCCGCAGCCCUCGAAGCUAAGCCUUCCACCAGCAGCAACAUCACCUCGCUCUCUGCGUCCAAAGCCCAGCAGGACGCAGUGGAGACGUCUCCAACAGCAGGACACACGUGGAUGUGCAGGAUGUGCGAGGACGUCUUUGACUCUGAGGCGGCUGUCCUCGAGCAUUGCGGCGACACGAGCAGCCACAGCUUUCAGAGAUUUGUUUGUGGUCACUGUCCGCAGAAGUUCUUCAAAGAGUCCACGGUUCGCAGGCACUGUGUGAACGAGCACGGCGGGGACGUGAAGAGCUCCCACUUCUGCGGCCUCUGUGACAGCAUGCAGUUCGAGUCUGAAGCCGAGUUCAUGGAACACUACAGGAGCCUUCACAGUAGGGACUACUACUGCUUGGACGCCCCUGAGCUUCCCGUCGCCGAGGAAACCGCUCAGCUCACCUGUCCAUGCAUGGGCUCCGAAAAAAGCAAAGGUGACAUGAAAGCUGCUUACACUCGCUGCAUGAGACGGCUGUCUGCAGAAGGAAGAUGUCGGUACGCGUGCGCUCCUUGCAGCGUGUCUGUGGCGACUUACGCACAGAUGAAAACGCACAUCCACACAACGCACGCGGCCUUGAACCUGGACAAGACCUUUGUGGUCAAAUGCAAAGAGUGCCAGGAGAUUUUUCCCGGCGUGCCAAGCUUCCAUAAACACUACCAUCGGCAGCACUGUGCGCUGGAGCCCUGCAGGAAGGGCGUACAGACGGAAGCAAGCGCUGCUGAAAUAAAACACGCCGUGGAGAUCACACCAUCCCAGGAAGAAACAGACGGGACAGGGGUGGAGCUUACGGACACCAACCAAACCAGCAGUGAGAAAGACUUGGAUGAUGAAAUGAGGCGCGCGCUGUCUUUGAGCGCGGAGGAGGCGAGAGAGUUGGCAGAGCUGGAAGAAGCUCUCCAGAGAAGCCUUCUGGAGUUCUGAUGAGUUUUAGUUUGCUCUACGCUCACAUAGGAACGUUUUGCACAAGGUCUUUGUGUUCAGAUGUAUUCAAAUAAAUUGCGCUUGUUCUUCUUCA